AGCUAGUUCAUCCUCAAAGCUGGCCUUCCACCCGAGUCUGAAACCAGCCUGGCUCUGAACUUGUCUCACACUCACUCUCUCCUUCCCUUGCUGGGGCUCAGAGAAACCUUUGUCCCUCGUGGGAAAGACUGGUGUGGUUUUGCUGAGCUUUUUAUGUUGUGCUAAAUUCUUUUCUGGGGAAAGGGGGGAAGGGGAAAAUCUCCUUCCUUCCUAUUUUUUUGUUACCAAUAGCAAAAGUUGAUCUACCUUUGUUCUCCACCUGCCAUGUGUCCUCCUGCCCUUUUCCUUUACCUGUCCCUGGAGACCAUUGUUGGCCACCGGCCAAACCCCCAAUCCUUUGUUGGUGGUGUGUUUCCAAGAGCCUGGACUAAGCAGAACAAACACUGUUGGUAGUUAACGGCUUAGUCUUUAGUCAUUAAUUGCUGUGGCUAUUGUGCCAUUCUGUAAAACAGCCAGAGAGGUGCUUGUUCAUGACCGAUGCAUUGUUAAACAGAUGAGUGUUUUCCUUCUGUUUCCCUUUGCAAAAUGCCAUUCUUAUAUGUGUAAUACAAGCAUUGAAGUACACUUAUAGCUUUAAAAUAUUGAUUUUUUGGGGGAAAAAUACAGUUUUCAUUGACCCCCAGGAGAAAAAAAAAAGGAUUUCGUAUAAGUGAAGCUCAUGAGAACUGUCUGUUUUAUAGACUUCUAUGAACAUAUUUAGUGUUGUUUUACACAGUGUUUUAACAAGCUUGGAAUUAAAGGAAAGCAUUGACUCUGUCUACAAAGGAGAGAAAGAGAUUAAGAGCUGAACACUGAAUUUUCAAGAAUUACUAAAUCACUGCUUGGGGAGUUCUGGAACACACAACUCAAGAAACACUUUUUGAAGGGCAUGAUUUCAACUCACUUUGUCAAGCUGAGUCAGUGUUCAGGAUGGGAAUGGCUUAAGUCUGGCUUAAAAGUGGGCUGAUACAGUGAGAAAGGAAUAUCCUGAGCAACAGAGAAGUGUGCUGUAUUUCAGAUUGUGCCAGUGCUGCUGCAGAUUUUUGCUGAGAAUUGAAACUCCAACUGGUUAUUUUUCUUGUGGGGUGUAAGGUUUAUGCUUUUGCAGGCUUUGCACUGUCCUAACUACAUAAAAUAAAAUCUGGUGCAGAUCCAUGUUUCUGAUAUCUGAUGGUGAUAUGAGAGAUCUGCCUGUCCAUAUUCUGAUCUCACACAACAGUAGCUCUGGUUUCUGAGAUAAUUUGAAUUUAUUGUGCACCCCACAGCCACAGCAAAGAUAGGACACCUAGAAAUGGAUGUAAAAGGGAAAAAUGGGUAAUUAUGUAUAUCUAUUCACCAUGUGAGCAUGAAGGGAAAUAUUUGCCCAAGAAUCUGCUGAGUUCAAAUAGCAAAGGUGAUUUGUGUUCCUAAAUGGUUAAUCGUGACUUAAAAAUACCCAUAUUGACAGGAACUGCAGGAUAAAUGUCAUUGGAACUUCUUGUUUUUUUAAUACACCUUAAGAAAUUAAACAAAGCAAAUGCAUUUGGUGGCGCCCUCAGGAAAAGUCCAGUCACUUCCUGACCAGUAAUCUGCCUGGGAGCAGCAGAUAGAUUCUCAUUGUUUGCCGUUUCCAGUUUCCAGUAAUGGGAACGAUUACUUGAUCCAGCCAGUCUCUGUGGCAGAUCUGGGAUAACUUACAAAUUUUCAUGGCAAAUUUUUAUCGCUUUCCAUAAAGAGCCAACGGAAAAAAAAGACCAUAACGUGGUUUUGGUACCUGGAGGCAUCACCUCUGAUAAUGAAUAUUGUUUGAUUUUGGGGUUAAGUGUCUGUUCUUCAGGAACGAGAUGUAUCUUGCUCUUCUGGUGAUUUUCUUGCAGUGUUCAGAACUCUACACUCAGGAUAAAGUUUUUACUUUCAACACAGUUGAAAUCAAGGUUGAGCCAUCUUUCAAAGUGAGGAAUGGAGCUCCCAUGUCAAUUAUCUGCCACGCUGAUAUCAGCAAAAGUGCUGAUUUCCAGCUGAAGUAUAAUUUUACAAUUUUUAAGGACCGCAAGCUCGUGUUUAUGACUGUGUCAGACACAGGAGAUGCACGGUAUGAAAUACCUGUGGCCAAAUCUUCAGACACAGGAGACUAUCAGUGUACUGUGAAAGCAGAUAAAAAGACAGGAUCGAGUGACCCCGUCCACGUUUGGGUAACAGGAAUGACCAAGCCAACCCUGACUGCUGACAAAAGAGAUGUUUUGGAGGGUGAAGUUGUGAAGUUACGUUGUGAGCUGCCUGAAGAAGAACCUCCUUUACAGUUCUGUUUCCGAAAGAUAAAGACGAAUUCAACGCCUAGAGAAACAUGUGUACCUGAACCUUACACAAAUUUUUCUGUACUGGAGGUUUCUGUUGAAGAAGGAGAUAAUAUUUUACAAUUUGAUUGUUUUGGUAGGAGAAAUGUAAAACUUGAAUGGGAAGACUCAGCACACAGCAACAAAACCCUCGUUACAGUCAGGGAACCAUUUAUAAAGCCCACUCUGACCACUGUGCCCUCAAGUAAUGUUACAGAAGGAGACCAAAUACAAUUUGAAUGCUCAACUGUAGUAGUUCGAAUGCGUGACAUUGAAAUCAUCCUCCAGAAAAACAAAUCAAUACUGAACAGUGUACAAGAUAAGAAACUUCUGAGAUACUCCACAGUAGCUACUCUAGAGGACAGUGGUGAAUACCUGUGUAAGGUGGAGCAAGGGGGAGCAUCUAAAACCACUAAACUGAAUGUUGUCGUGUCAGAGUUAUUUCCCAAGCCAACACUGGUUGCUUCUAUGACUAAGCUGGAUAAGAAUAAAGAAUUAAUUUUGAAUUGCAGCAUUAAUGGUUUUCAGAAAGCUAACUUCUCUAUCAUACGGAAAAACGCCAAUGGAGACAUCCCACUGAAAAAUUCUCAAACCUUAAAAAUGAGAGUUAAUGUGAAUGAUACUGGAUCUUAUACCUGUAAAGCUGAAGUAAAAGGAAUAGUCAAGGAGAGCAAACCUGUAAGGAUAAAUGUUUAUGCUCCAGUCUCCAAGCCAACUCUUUCCGUCGCCGGCGGUUUGCCGGAGGUGGUGCUGGGGAAGCCUCUGCAGUUGAUCUGCCACUCAGUGAUGGGAACACCACCAAAAACCUUCAGGUUCUACAAAGGAGAUGACAUUGAGAAAAUAGUCAUUAAUGACACAUAUGCUACGUUCUUGGAUGAAAAUAUCAGACUGAAUGACCAAAGAGGAUACAGAUGUGAUGCCAGAAAUAAUCACUCCAGUGGUGUGAAAACCAGCGAUAUCCUGAACGUCACAGUAAUAGUGCCAGUCAGGGAUGCCAGCUUGGGCAGUGUUCCAUAUGGAGAAGUGGAAGAUGGCAGUGAGAUUGCUUUUCUCUGCUCUGUGAAAGAAGGGUCUUUGCCAAUCCUGUUCAGGUUUUUUAAAAAAACUGAUAAUGAGGUUCUUCUGUUUGAAAAAAUUGAACAUAGAGACAGAGCCAUGUGGCACAAGGAAACAAUGAAGAGGCAGGACACGGGGACAUAUUAUUGCGUGGCCUCGAACCAAGCCAACGUGGACGUGAGGAGCCAGCCCAUAACCAUCAGUGUCAUCUUGGCAGCUUGGAAGAAAGGAGUCAUUGCUGCAUUGGUCCUGAUAACCGUUGCAGGAGCGGGAGCACUCGCCUUAUGGUGGUUUUUGCGUAAGAAGAAAAAGACUAAAGGACCAUCCAUGGAGAUGUCUGGUUCAGCCUUGGCUGCAAACUUGACAAGUGAAAAACUGGCAAGACAGCCCAGUGAUGGAGACUAUUAUUCAGGAUCAGGUUACAUUGAAGAUAGUGAAAAUCACAUGAAAUCAACAGAUGAGAGUAAAGGACCUGACCUUGAGAGUGCUGAGGUGGAGUACACUGAAGUUGAAGUAUCAACGCUUGAUCCUCACAGAGCUCCUGUACAGAAGGGGACUGAAACAGUUUAUAGUGAAAUCAGAAAAGCUAAUAAUGAUUCUAUGGAAAACAGGCAUUCUAGAAUAUCAGGGCAUCCUGAUGCUACUUAGAACAGUCAUCUCAAAGAUCAGCUGGGAGAAGAAAACAAGCCAAGAUGGAAGAUGUUGCAAAUGUUUCAAAGGCUCUGCAGCAGUUAUUUAUGAGUUUGCCAGACUCUUCUUUUCAAAGUUUAUUUCCUUAGGGGGAACAAUAGAGAUGUUCCUAAAGCAUUUAAUGGAAAAAAUUGCGAAUAAAAAUUCUCAUAGGAAAGUGGCUCUAGAAACCACUGACCCAGGUUCUCAUUUUUAUUUUCUCCUGCUAAUGCAAUUUUGCCCUUUUUUUGCCUCCAAUUCAUCAUUCUCUGAGGAAACAAAAGGGGAAGUUACAGCUGAGGAAGCACAUUUCUACAGUGCAGUGACUACUGGGAUGCCAGUAGGACGUAGAAAUAUCUAAGCUUGCUUUGAACUUGCUAGCUUGGUUAUCAGUGACACUUCUGUGGCAGAGCAGAGCUCAGCACAGCUUGGCCAGCCAUGGAUGUACUUUCUGAUCCUGCAGCUUGUGCUGAACUCCCUGUGCUGCAGCAGCUGGACUGCUACCAGGCUUGGAGCCAGCUCACUUAUAGCCCUGGGGAUGCUUCACUGCAGGGAGGGCCUGACAGAAGAGAGAGCUCUGGGUGCUCGAAAAACUUGAAUAACUGUUGGGAGAUUCAGACUUUACCAAGUGCUUCUAUCAGGAGGGGCACAAAUAGUCUUUAUUCUUUGCUAAACUGCUUUUCCCCUUUAGAAGGUCUGGUGCUUGUUGGUUAGUUUGGUGUGAUGGUUCUUCAAGAAAUGAUUGUCCAUCACAGUUGUUUUGGAUGAUUCUAUGAUAGGUCUUCAGGGAGUGGAUAUACUGCACCCAGGUCAGUGAGUUUAUACCUGAAAAUCCUGUUAUGUAUAAUCCUUAUUCCUUUGAUUUUAGGAGCGAUCUGAAGUCAUACUUGUGCCCAGUUUCUCCAGUAUGGAACUCCAUACCUAACCUUUUUCUGUAUAGCAUGAUAAACCACUAACAUGGAUCCAGUCUGGACCUGGAUCUAAUCUCUGCAGCCCAUGCUUAUCUCAGCUGCAUUAGUUUAAAAAAAGAACACAAAACAAACCAGAAAAAAUGCUGUCCUAGCCCCAUAACCAGCUGGCCUUUGGCACUGCAAUUGCUCUCCUUUUCUUACUGCAGAUUAAAUUACUACAAGAUCUGGGCCACAGGUAAGAAGGUUUUCAUUUUAAUUAGAAAAUAGUGAAAGAGAGGCCAUGGAUUCUGUAUGCAUACAUAGUUACUGCUUUAAGCAUUGCAUCAAGGGUGCAAAACAACCACAAAACACAAAAGGGUUUUAUAUCCUCAUUCCAAGUGUUUAAAUUUUCAAGCUCCAGUUACUGGCUAAUAUCUCUAAUUUAUUGUUCCCUGUGCAAAUGUUGUUUGUAUCACAAGCCUGUCACAACUGACUGACUUCACAGCUCUUUCUGUUGACAAAUGUUCCUUCAGCAUCCCAUGAGUGUCCAUGCAAAUGCCUUAGUAUAAGGAAUGUGAAAAGGUAUUUUAAUAAAGAAAACUCUGAAUUGAA